AUGGUGGACGACCAGGGCUACGGGGAUGUGGGGUACCACGGAUCGGACAUACACACUCCGGUUAUAGACCAGCUGGCUGGUGAAGGGGUGAAACUGGAGAAUUACUAUGUCCAGCCUAUCUGUUCUCCCUCACGGAGCCAACUCAUGACAGGACUGUACCAGAUUCACACCGGCCUCCAGCACUCCAUCAUCCGGCCCCGCCAGCCCCUGUGCCUGCCCCCUGACACCCCCACCCUGGCAGAGCGGCUAGCGCGGGCCGGCUACGCCACCCACAUGGUGGGCAAGUGGCACCUGGGCUUCUGCCGGCCGGGCUGCCUGCCCACCGGGCGGGGCUUCCACAGCUUCCUGGGCUCCCUGACAGGCAGCGGAGACCACUUCAACUUCCAGAGCUGCGACGGGGCCGAGGCCUGCGGCUUCGACCUGCAUGACGGGGAGAGACCCGCCUGGGAGAUGAGCGGCAACUACUCCACUCUGCUCUACCUGGAGAGGGUGAAGCACAUCCUGCGGACCCACAAUCCCCGGAAGCCCCUCUUCCUGUACCUGGCCCUCCAGGCAGUCCACACCCCCUUGCAGGCACCCAAUCACUACCUCCAACGAUACCAAUCCCUGGGCAACCGCCCCCGCCGCCACUACGCCGCCAUGCUGAGCGUUGUGGACCAGAGUGUGGGGGAGCUGGUCCAGGAACUCAGAACCAGGGGCCUGUACAGAAACUCUGUUGUCAUCUACUCUUCUGACAAUGGUGGACAGCCGCUAUCAGGGGGCUGCAACUGGCCCCUGAGGGGGGGCAAGGGGACCUACUGGGAGGGGGGUAUCCGGGCGGUGGGCUUCGUCCACAGUCCCCUACUGAAGAGGAGAGGGGUGGUGAGCCAGGAGCUGAUCCACGUGUCGGACUGGUUCCCCACCCUGCUGGCCCUGGCCAGGGCACCGGAGAGGGAGCACGGCCGGCUGGACGGGCACGACGUGUGGGGGGCCAUCAGCCAGGGUGUGCCCAGUCCCCGCACUGAGAUCCUCUUCAACAUCGACCCCGUCUCCCGGCGGCCCGGCGAGCCCGACCCCAGGGCCCUGGCGCUCAACGGCUUCGGGAUCUGGGACACGGCGGUGCGCGGCGCGGCCAUCCGGGCGGGACACUGGAAGCUUCUGACGGGCAACGUGGGCGACGGGGACUGGGUGCCGCCCCAGACCCUCCCCGGCGGUCCGCAGCAGUGGCAGGACAUGGAGAAACGCCGCGACCAGCGGGGGAAGUCCGUGUGGCUCUUCAAUGUCACCGCCGACCCCUACGAGAGGUCGGACCUGGCCGAGGCACGGCCCGAGGUGGUAAAGAUGCUGCUGACGCGCUUGGCCGAGUACAACCAGACGGCUGUGCCCCCGCGGAACCCACCGGACGACCCCAUGGCGGACCCCCAGCUCCACGGGGGUGUGUGGACUCCCUGGCUGGGCGUGGAGGGCCGCGCCGGGGAGGGGGACAGUGGGGAGGAGGACGCAGGAGGCAGAGGGAAGAGGAAGAGCAAGAUAAAGACCGUGUAA